AUGUGGAUGAGUUGAGAAGAAAAUUGGACAGUCUAACUAGCCAGAAACAAGAUAUAGGAUCAAGAAUACAAGAAGCAGAGGCUCGCGGGGGACAAAUGGUUAGACAACAAGUGCAAGAAUGGCUUAAGCAAGCAGAAGAGAUCAAUGUUAAACUGCGAGCAUUUUUGGAAUAGGUGCAGGGAGUCAAGUGGUACAAGCGUGCUUGUCUUGACAGACUUGUUUGUAGAAAAAUUAAUAUGGUGAAGGAACUGCUUGAUAAAUGUAGUUUUCCUGAAGGCCUUGUUAUUGAUAGGGCUCCAGCUCAUGGAAACAUAAUUCCAACAGAGAAUUUAGUGGGGGAAAUUUCUACCAAAGAAGAAAUUUGGAGGUACUUGAUGGGUGAUAAGGUUGGAAUGAUCGGAAUUUGUGGGAUUGGUGGAGUUGGAAAGACUACAAUCAUGAAGAAUCUCCACAAUGAUUUACAAAAGGAGACUAGAUUUCAAAAAGUGAUCUGGGUUACUGUAUCACAUCCUCUCAAUGUUUUUGAAUUACAAAAGAAGAUUGCUAAUGCGAUGGGUGAAAGACUUCGAGACGAUGAAGAGGUGAAGAUGCGAGCAGCAGCAUUAAUGGAAAUAAUGACAAGAGUGAGAAAUUUAGAAGAGGUUGCUAGAUUGAAGAAGUUGGAGACUUUAGAAUGUCAAUUUGAUGGCAUACAAGACUUUAAUCAUUUUGUCAACAAGUUCAAAGAUUUCCAAAGUGCUAUUGCUUAUAGUCUUGGAGUUGGGACAAUAAGAGACAUGAAUAGAGUGAGCAAAUAUGAGCUUGUAAUUAUUGAUUGCGAGAUCGGGGAAGAAUGUGUAGCGCUUCCAAAUAACCUUGAGUAUUUAUGGAUAAUUAGGGGUAAAAACAUGCGAAGCAUCUUGAAAAAAACAGUUGUGUUAGAAAUGGAAGCAAAUGAGUUGAGACAGUGCCUUAUUUGGGAAAGUGAAGAGAUGGAGUGCGUGGUUGACUUGGACUCAUCCUCCUCCUCCUCCUCAUUGUGUUGUCUAGUACUUGAUAAGCUUGAACUGCUGCACCUUCUGAUAUUGCCUAAGUUAUGUGAACUUGUGAGAGUGGAAGGAGCAACAACACCACCACACAUCUUUUCCAAUCUUAAAACACUUAUAAUAGAUUAUUGUUCAGGAAUGAGGAAAUUGCUUCCACUUGCACUACAUCAAGCUCUCCAAAACUUAGAGGAGAUUAGAGUUUGGAAUUGCAAACAAAUGGAGGAAAUAAUAGCAUCAUCAGAUUCAGAUGCAUCAUCAGAUAAAUUCAUUUUUCCUAAGUUAAGGAUAUUGUGGUUGAUUAAUUUACCACAAUUGAAGAGCAUCUACAGUGCCAAAGGAGUUGUGGUUUGUGAUUCUAUUGAAAAAAUUGUAAUAUUCGAAUGUCAGGAGUUGAAGAGGAUCCCUGUGCAGCUUCCCCUACUUGAUAAUGGCCAACCAUCUCAUCCUCCUCGUCUCAAAGAAAUCAAGACAGAUAAAGAAUGGUGGGAAUCAAUGGAGUGGGAUCAUCCUAAUGCAAAGAACCUCCUUAAACCUUUCUCGAAAUAUUCUCGCUAUCCGUGGGAGGUUUAAUUCUACUUUGGAUUUGAUUUGAUAAUACAUUACAGUAAAUUAUUGAAAAUUUGGGAAAUAAUGUGUAGUGUGAAAUGAAGAGCUGUAAACUGC